CUGGUCCUCCUCCUCCACCGUCUCUCCUUCUCCUCCGUCACGCCACGAUUUCUUAGGGUUUCUUACGAACAGGGUUCGCCGAAUUAAGAUUCCCUUCGUUCGCUGUUCUUCAUAUUCGGAAACAAAUAGCUAACUAUAACUGAGUUUGGUUACUGGCAAGUGCAAAUAUGUCGGUCACAGCGGGUGUGAGUGAUGCUGCGAUUGCUGUAAGGGAAAAACUACGUGGUGGUAUUGGACAGACUAGAGUGAGAAGGUAUUGGCCAGGAAAAGCUCCGGAGUGGGCUGAGGAAGCUGAGGAAGAUGAUGAUGUUAGGAUGCAGACGGUUUCUGUUUUGGAUAGAGCUUUUCCAAAGAAUGAUGAUUUGGGUGUUGCUAGAAAGGAUGAUCCUAGGCUGCGCCGUUUAGCUCAGAACAGAGUAGAAAACUUUGACGAAGUUAGAGCCGAUCAUCGUCGAAUUAGAAAGGCUGAGAUUAUAUCUACCGAAGAAGAAGAAAGGAAUCAAGAGAUUAAAGACGAGGAAGAUGAUGAAGAUGCCUUGGAAGAAAGAAGAAGAAGAAUUAGAGAAAAGAAUCUUAAAAGAGCGCAAGAGGAGGCUGCUCUACUCCCUCUAGAAGAAGAAGAUGAGAUACAAGAGGAAGAAGAAGAGGAGGAUGAGUCUGAGUACGAGACUGAUUCUGAAGAUGACAUGCCUGGUAUUGCCAUGAUCAAGCCUGUUUUUGUACCAAAAGCUGAGAGAGAUACGAUAGCAGAGCGUGAGCGGCUUGAGGCUGAAGAAGAAGCUCUUGAGGAAUUAGCAAAGAGAAAACUGGAGAUAAGAAAAGUAGAGACAAAGCAAAUAGUGGUUGAGGAAGUUAGAAAAGAUGAAGAGAUACGGAAGAACCUGUUAUUGGAAGAAGCUAAUAUUGGAGAUGUGGAAACUGAUGACGAACUCAAUGAAGCCGAGGAGUACGAGGUUUGGAAGACAAGAGAGAUCGGUAGGAUCAAGAGAGAAAGAGAUUCAAGGGAAGCUAUGCUGAUAGAGAGGGAAGAAAUAGAGAAGUUGAGGAACAUGACAGAGCAAGAGAGGAGAGAAUGGGAGAGGAAGAAUCCGAAACCUUCAUCUGUUCAACCGAAAAAGAAAUGGAACUUUAUGCAAAAAUACUACCACAAGGGUGCCUUCUUUCAGGCAGAUCCUGAUGAUGAGGCAGGUUCUGCUGGAACCGAUGGUAUAUUUCACCGCGACUUCUCUGCUCCAACUGGAGAAGAUAGAUUGGACAAAUCGAUUCUGCCCAAAGUUAUGCAAGUCAAGCACUUUGGUCGUAGUGGAAGAACUAAAUGGACUCACCUUGUCAAUGAGGACACAACAGAUUGGAGUAACCCGUGGACUUCCAAUGAUCCUCUACGCGAAAAAUACAACAAGAAAAUGGCAGGCAUGGACGCUCCUAUUGCAAAACCAAAGGGGAGCAAGAAGAUGAAAGACUGGGAGACUUGAACCGCAUCUACAUUUAGUCAGCGUUGAAACCAAAACCGACGCAAGUGGUACUAUGCUAUAGUUGAAAACAUCUUUACUCAGUUUUCUAAAUCGCAGUAACUAAUAAUAUUGCCUUGUGACUGACUGCCAUAAGCUUGUUUUUGUCUUUUGUAUCGUAUCCAUUAUGGAUCAAUGGAGAAAUCAUUUUACGUGUUUGCUUGCAUUGCCAAAGCAUUUUUAUGUAAUUCUGGGAAUUUCAAGAGAGAAAUCAGUGGCUCUAUUUUUCA